GCACCCUGCGCGUUAUAGCUUCCUCCGUUACACCUCCACAACACUGCAACAAUAGGGUUGCCAUCUAGCAAAAAAGUAAAUAAACCAUAAAUUUGAAAUUUAUUUUUAGUUCAAUAUUUUGCCCGUUGGCGUAAUAGUUAUAAUGGUGGAAAUAAAUUGUAGCUAUUUUCAUUGGUUGUUCAUUUGUUGCCAUAGUUUACCGAUAUUACUUUCAUAUUUAGCGUGGAGAGGCACAUACGUCGCUUCUCAACACAUCAAAUCUCAUCAAUCUCAAACAACUGGACCCUGGCAAAUCAGCUGGGCCAGACUACUCCCAACUAUAUUCGAUAUUAAGACUACUGAUAUAAUUGCUUCACCAAUCACCAUAUUAUUUAAAAGACCACUGUUCGAAAGUACUGUUCCAGAUGUUUGGAAGAGGGCCUAUGUAACGCCAGUUUUGAAGAAAGUUAACAUGUCUGAGGGACACCUCAGACAACAUGUCUAAGGGUCUAUAAUUAGACAUAACUAUAGACCCUUAGACAUGUUGUCUGUCUCAGAUAUUCCAUAAUACAGAGGGUGGGGAGG